AUGCCGCUCUUUCCAGAAAAGUCGACCGAGGUUGGAAGGUCGAACAAGAACAUAAGUCGGCCCUAUAGGAUGUCGUCGAUGCCGACCGACUCGACGGAGAACCUGACAGAGAUUAGGUUGAGGAACGAACCAAAAGAGGAUAAUGUCGUCGGUACAUCACAGCUCUUCGCCACCAACGGGCAGAUCAGAUAUAUCCCGAUGCCGACGCCAGACCCCAAGGACCCCCUGAACCUGCCCGAGUGGAGGAAGUGGACGGCCAUCGCGGCCCUGUGCUUCUUUGGAGCGCUGGCGUUAUCCGCAGAGUUCAUCAUUGGAGCCCUGGUGCCCGUGUUUGUGCUCGAGUAUGCCGGCAUCAACCCUAUGAUCCUGGGCCAGAUCGACAUUGGCUCCAUCCUGCCUCCAGGUGAGGUCAACCUCAACCCGGUGAAGUUGCUUGCAGGUCUCGGCGGCCCGCCCAUCGACCAGGUGUCGUUGCUCUCAUCCAUCCCACUCCUCGUCAACGGUAUCGCCUCGUACAUCAUGGUGCCCAUGUCCAUCGCAGUCGGCCGGCGUCCCAUGCUGCUCCUGUCGGCCGUCUGUGCCUUCAGCGGCGGCUUCUGGGCUGGUGCUUCGACCGGUCUGUACAGCCAUCUUGCCGCCCGCUGCAUUCAGGGUCUGGGUGCCGGUGCCGUUGAGGCUCUGAUCCCGCUCAUCGUCCAGGACAUGAUGUUCAUCCACCAGCGCAACAAGGCCAUCUCGCUCAUCGGUGCAUCCCAGGGUCUCAUCGUCGUCAGCCUGGGUAUCGGCUCGCCCAUGAUCGUCGCCCACCAGGGCUGGCGCUUCCUGUACUGGAUCACAUCGUCCGUGGGAGUCUUUGCCUUCAUCCUGCUGGUACUCUUCGUUCCCGAGACCCGCUGGAUCCGCAGCGUCGAGGAGCUGGCCGGUAAGGAGGUCUACGAGUUGCGUCCCGGCGAGACCCGUCCACGUCUCGACCCGGCAGUCUACGGUCCGCGCACCAACAAGUCCGACUUUGGCAUCCUCAACGUCAGCUACGAGUGGCGCCUGGCAUCGGCCUCCAUCUGGGACACGGCCCGCUCGACCCUCUUCCCCAACGUCUUCUGGGUCAUCAUCGUCAACUCCAUCUUCAUCUCCAUGCAGGGAGCCGCAGGCCAGGUCGGGUCCAGUUUGCUCAUCGCCGCGCGCUGGAAGUUCGAGACGCUAGGCUUCGCCGUCAUCCCCAUCGUCAUCGCAAGUCCCUUCGUGUGGUUCUUUGGCGGCUACGUGGCCGAUCGCAUCAGCAACCUGCACGCUCGCCGUAACGGUGGUCGUCGUGAGCCCGAGGCCCAUCUCAUCUCGCUCAUCUUCCCCUUGAUCUGUGGUAUCAUUGGUCCAAUUGUGUUUGGAUACGCCGGUCAAAACAUCAACAAGCUCCCGGGUAUAAUCGUCCUGGUCGGUAUUUUCUUUAUCGGCUUCAGCUUCUUGACUGCCAACGCCCUGUUUGCCGUGUAUCUUGUCGAGAGUUACCCAAACUAUGCUGGACCCGUCCUCAUCAACGUUGCCUCCUUCCGUCUCAUUAUCGGUUUCAUCAUGUCCUUCAAGGCAGUUGAUUGGGUACAAGACCUGGGCUUCUUCAAGAGCUUUUCAAUCUACUCCAUCGCGCUUGCAGUUUCAUGUUUGGGUCUGCCGUUUGUCUACUAUUACGGCAAGCGCAUCCGCAUGUGGACAGCCGGUCGUCUGGAACCUCCCUUGCCUACUGGUAAGAAGUUUGACGAGGAGGGACCCGGUAUUGCCUUGUAG